AAAUAUUUUCGAUGGUCAAACUUCUUUCAUUUCCCUUGCUUCACAUACAAAACCUACAAGUCUUCAACUCCCUCCUCAAACAACUCCAAACUUCAAAGCUCAUCCACAUUUUUUUCCUCUUAGACUUUCUGUGUUCUUGAUUCUUGUCCCACUCAACAAAAUAAAUUACAAAAAAAAAAUAAAAAAAUAUGAAUUCUUCUUCUUCUUCUUCAUUUGGAGGGAACAUGAACACUUCAAACUCUGAAACUACUCAACCAGACUUUACAUAUUCAGCCCAGUUCAUGAACUCUUCAUUCACUGAUCUUCUUGCUCAACCAGACAACAAUGAUUUUGGUAGCAACUGGGGCUUUGAUCACUCCAAGCCCAAGCCCAAUUCUCAUCAUUCUGCACUACCCUUUUCUCCUACUAAUUUCUCUCCUUCAUCUUUUCUCUCUUUCUUUGACUCACCCAUCCAGCCUUCCACAUCUAAUAUUGUAUCAUCUUCAACAAAUGGAAACUUUGAUGGUCAAGUUUUGAUGGAGGGUAAUGGAAACUAUGCAAAUGUCUCUUUCCCAACUCAAGCAAGGAACUCCAUGGAAGAAUUAAUGAAAAGGCAAGAGGGUGAUUCAAAUAUGAAAUUUUUUGGCGAGGGAAAUGAUUUUUCAUCGAUGACAAGAACUGUGAAACCGGAACUAGGAGUAGUUGAUAGAUAUUCACCAGAAUUGUCUGCAGUUCGGUCCAAUGUGCAAAUUAGUACUGCACUGCCAUCAUCUAUUCAGACUCACUAUACUCAAUCAUCUCAGUCUAGUAGAGAUCAGAGAAAAUUAGAUGACGGAUAUAAUUGGAGAAAGUAUGGACAGAAGCAAGUAAAAGGAACUGAAAAUCCACGUAGCUAUUACAAGUGUACAGUCUUAAAUUGUCCUACGAAGAAAAAGGUUGAGACAACUCUGGAUGGACACAUAACUGAAAUUGUAUAUAAAGGCAACCACAGUCACCCGAAGCCUCAGUCCACGAAGCUUUCACGGUCUUACCAGAAACCUUUAGGCAGCAGCUCAGAUAUUUCAAUCCAACAACUUGACAAUGGCUAUGGAGAACAUUUUACAACCCCGGAAAAUUCUUCAGCUUCUUUUGGUGAUGAUGAUGCUGAACAAGGAUCAGUGAGUAAAUCUGGAGAGGAUAAUGCUAAUGAGCCUGAAGCUAAGAGAUGGAAGGGUGAGUAUGAAAAUGAGGCAAGUUCAGCUCUCGGGAGUCGAACUGUUCGAGAACCAAGAAUCGUGGUUCAAACCACCAGUGACAUAGAUAUUCUUGAUGAUGGCUAUAGGUGGAGGAAAUAUGGACAGAAAGUAGUUAAAGGCAAUCCAAAUCCUAGGAGCUACUACAAGUGUACAUUUGUGGGAUGUCCGGUGAGGAAGCACGUUGAGCGUGCAUCUCAUGAUCUGAGGGCAGUGAUCACUACUUAUGAAGGGAAGCACAACCAUGAUGUCCCUGCACCACGAGGAAGUGGCAGUUACCCUGUAAUUAGACCUUCAUCUGACGGCACUAUGGCCAGUGCUCCAAUGGCUGUGAGGCCAACAACAAACUACACCAAUCCUCUUCAGAAUACGAGGGCGCCAAUGCCAAAUGGUCAAGCACCAUUCACCUUAGAGAUGCUGCAAGGUCAGGGAAAUUAUGGCCUAUCAAGGUUUGUUAAUUCAACAAAUACUUACAUCAAUCGAACACAAGAGGCAAAUGUGCAAUUUGCUGCAGCCAAGGAAGAACCUGACAAUGAAUCGUUUUUUAACUCUUUUUUGGGCUAGAAGUGUAGAAAACUGCUUGAGAGCAAUGCAAGAAAGAUUUUAUUGGCAUAGAUAUUGUAAGUAUAGAGUUUGCAUAAUAAUGUAACCGCAGCACUCAGGUUGUGUAAAGUAAAAUAUAAUUUGUUCAUUCUUUACAAGGGAACGACAGAUCUUGAGCAAGUGACCAUUAUGAAUAAUGAAGUUAUGAACCAUUUAAGCUUUA